AUGGGCCAGCUGAACUGCUGCAGGGGCUCCAGGGAUGAACCUGAGCCCGUGCAGCAGAGCCCACCUGUCCCAGCACUGCCCAGGCCACCGCUCCGUGAGCGCCUGACGAUGGCUCUUGGAAGGAGAAUGAGGCUGCCCUGGCCCUUUAGGCAAAGAGAGACCUCAGCCACCACUGUAGAUGUGCCCAGACCAUCGGGCUGUGGUGGCUCAGGUCUUCUCUUUGGCCAGCCCCUGGCUGCUCUGUGCAGCCAGGAUGGCAGGAUGCCCCAGCCCAUCCAGGACCUGCUGGCUCUGCUCCACCAGCGGGGGCCAUCCACAGAAGGGAUCUUCCGCCUGGCAGCUGGCAAGAGGGACUUAGGGGCCCUCCGGGAGGCCCUGGACAGCGGGCAGGAGGUGCCCCUGCAGAGCCAGCCCGUGCACCUGCUGGCUGCCACCCUGAAGGACUUUCUGCGGAAGAUCCCUUCCAAGCUGCUGGAGGCUGAGCUGUACCAGCAGUGGAUGGGAGCCCUGCACCAGAGCAGCAGGCAGGCGAGGCUGGCGGCGCUGAAGGAGGUCACCAGCAAAUUGCCCCAGGCCAACCUCAUUCUCCUCAAGAGCUUGCUGUCCCUGCUGCAUAACAUCAGCAGCAACACGGACAGCAGCAGGAUGACAGCCAGGAGCCUUGCCAUCUGUGUUGGGCCAAACUUGCUGAGCCCAGUGGAGGAGCCACCCCUAGACAUGCUACCGGAGGUGACAAGCAAGGUGACAGAGCUGGUGGAGCUGCUCAUUGAGCUGCAGGGAGAGCUGUUUGCAGAGGAGCAGGUGCCUGGCUCAGAUGGACCAUCAGCUGAGGAAGAGCCAGGAACCACAGAGGUGCCUCCACUUGCUCCUGGAAGGGAUCCCCUGAAGAGCUCCUCUGAGGAGAGCAGUUCUCCAGGCUCUUCACAAGUCCAUCAUGACAGAAGAGCAGCCUCCGAGGAGGGAUGUGAUGAGGAGCCAGGAAGGAAGAAGAAGAAGAAGCUGGAAGGAGUUGGCAGGCCUGGGCAGAGAAGGAAAUCCAUACGGGCAAGAAGAAGGAGGAGCCCAGGAAGCUGGAAGAGACUUCCAAAGAAAUGUCUCCUUCAUGUGCACCACCAUGGCUUGUCACAUCACCCUUCUGAGGCCCCCUACCUAGUGCAACCCUGCUCCGUCUCCAUGCUUUUGAAUUGUUUUUAGAGUUGCUGUAGUGAUAGGUAGAGUUAGAGUUGUUGCACUUAGUGUUAGAGCUGCUUACACUCACAGCUUAGGGUUAGAGUUGUUCACAAUUAUUAUUCUUGUUACACCUGUUGUUAGUUAGAGUUGUUGUUAGUUACUGUUCUUGUUCUACCUGUUGGUAUAGUUGUUGUUAGAGUUGUUAACAGUGAGAGUUGUAGGUAUAGAGGUGACUUCUUAUUUUGGACUUGUUAUAGUUACAGGUAGUUAUAGCUGUUUGCACUCAUAGUUGUUCUUAGGGUUAGAGUUGAUGACAAUUAUCAUUCUUGUCAUACCUGUUGUUCAUUAGAGUCCUUGUUACAGUUCUUGUUCUUGUUCUACCCGUUGGUGUAGUUGUUGUUAGAGUUGGUACAGUGAUAGUUGUAGGUAUACUGAUGGCUUCAGAUAGUUCCUUUAGACUUGCAGUUACAGUUAGUUAUAGUUGUUACACUUAGAGCUGGUUUAGGUUUAUAGGUUUUACAAUUUUGUUAUUCUUGUUAUACCUGUUGGUAGUUGGAGUUGUUGUUAGAGUUGUAGUUGUUACACUUCUUGUUCUUGCUAUAGCUGUUGGUAUAGUUGUUGUUACAGCUGCUGGCCCUGAUGGUGAGCACUUUGCCUGGUUUCACCCGGACAAGUAUC